UCCCGAGUUCCUCAGAGCGCAAAACACGCACAGGAAUGGCUGCUGCACGAGACCGGGAUUUAAUGUAAUAAUUCAACAUUUCCCGCUAAUUAUCGAUUUGGGGGGAGUAUUCAGAGAUAUUUUUAUGUCUCCUUCAGCACUUUUGUUUGAGUACUCCGUCUCUCUGAUGUCUAAAUCCAUGGCUUUUGUUUGAGAAGACAACGGAGAGGAACCGGGAAAGAAACACCCAAGUAACGUUAGUCCGACUGUCUCUAUCUGGGAAAGUGAUUUCUUCGUCUCGUGGACUGCUGAAGGAUGUCGUCUGCAAGUGUUGAUUAUAUCCCUCCUUGGUGGACUUACUGGCUUCAUCAGUUUCCUCAUGUGAAUCUAAGGUUUCAGCCGUUGGAUCACACGUUUAAACCGCAAGAUGAAAACUACCAGCAGUCGCUCAUCUUCCUGGGCUGUGUAGCUGCAGCUGGGCUCGGUGUGAACCUGCUGUGUCUGGCCAUCUACCUGAGCUGCCUGUGCUGCUGUCGGAGGGAUGAGGAGGAAGAGGAAAGUAAGAAAUCCAACUCCUGCUGUGUCACUUGGACUGCUGUUGCUGCCGGACUUAUCUGCUGUGUUGCCGUGGGAGUUGGUUUCUAUGGAAACAGUGAAACCAAUGAUGGGGUGUACCAGCUGACCUAUUCUCUCUAUAAUGCCAAUCACACGCUGGCGGGAGUGGACAGUUUGGUCACUGGUACUGUGGGAGGCAUGCAGAGUGGCCUGAACGAGCAUUUGUCUCGACUGGGUGAGAUCUUUGCAACUCGAGGAGACUUUGUGCAGACACUGCAGUUCAUGCAACAGAUGUCAGAAAACAUCAUGAAGCAGCUGCUUGGACUUCCUGACUGGGAAAAGGCGAAAGUAGACCUGGCCGCCAUAGCUGAUCAGACAGCAUAUGUGGAAUAUUACAGGUGGUUGACAUACCUCUUGAUACUGAUCUUGGAUCUGGUCAUCUGUCUUGCUGCUUGUCUGGGUCUGGCCAAACAAUCCCGCUGGCUGCUCACUACGAUGAUGGUCUGCGGUGUUCUGACUCUGAUAUUGAGUUGGGCGUCUCUCGGAGCUGAUGUGGCCACUGCAGUGGGCACAAGUGAUUUCUGUGUUGCUCCAGACAAAUUUCUGAUGAACCAAACAAAAGAUGUGAUCAGCUCAGAUAUUGUGCAUUAUUACCUGUACUGCAGUCAGACGCUCCCCAACCCAUUUCAGCAGUCCCUGACUGUCUUCCAGAGAUCCCUGACCACCAUGCAGAUCCAGAUCCAAGGUCUCCUGCAGUUUGCAGUGCCUCUGUUCCCCACAGCUGAGAGAGAUUUACUGAGUAUUCAGCAUUUAUUGAAUAAUUCAGAGGCCAGUUUACAUCAGCUAACUGCACUUCUAGACUGCCGAGGACUCAAUAAGGACUACCUGGACGCUCUGAUAGGUGUGUGUUAUGAUGGUGUGGAGGGGUUACUGUAUCUCGCUCUGUUCUCUCUCCUGGGGGCCUGUGCCUUCUCUGUCAUGCUGUGUGCCAUCCCGAGAGCGUGGCGACAGAUUGCCAACAGAGAGAGAGAUUACGAUGACAUUGAUGACGGGGACCCAUUUAACCCUCAGACCCGGCGAAUGAUGUCCCACCAUUCAGAGCAGGGCAACAUGCACAGCUUCUGCAGCUACAGUAGCAGCAUGGGAAGCCAGACCAGCCUGCACCCUCCAACACAGACUGUGACCAACGCACCCCCGAACCAGUCUGCGCUGUUUGGAGGAAACCCGCGCUAUGAGAACGUGCCUCUGAUCGGGAGGGGAUCUCCUCCUCCUUCGCUUUACUCUCAGCCAUAUAGAAACCGCUACUCUCCAACCAUGAGAGCCACCUACCUCUCCAUGACCGAAGACCAGAUCAGACACUUCGGGGGGGAUUUCCGAGCGUAGACUUGAUCUGUCGUCCUCUGGUCUUCACACGCUGGACAUAAGGAAAACUCUCACGAAAGCAUGCGUGCGCGCCCAUCUCAAAGGAGCACAGUCUGAAAGUUGAACACCAUUCUAAGAGCACUCAAUGUGUGUCCGUCAAUUAUUCUGAUGGUGCAAAGCUUCUUUUCCAUCACUACUGACAGAUUUUUUUAUGAGGUGCUGAAAUAUCCUCUCCCUAAUAAUCAUUUUUAUUUGUAUUUUUACACCGUAUUUUUCAUCAAACAGACUGUUGGUCUUUCUUCUCUAUUGCCUUUUCAACUGCAGAAACUGUUCGACGUGGGUAACCACAAUUAUUUUGGAUCCACUUUAUAUUAAAUGUCUUUUCACUACUACAGUACGUACUAACAUUUAAAGUGACGUGACAGUAUGGUGUAUGGAGUAUGGUGACCCAUACUCAGAAUUUGUUCUCUGCAUUUAACCCAUCCAAAGUGCACACACAAAGCAGUGAACUCACACACACAGAGCAGUGGGCAGCCAUCCAUGCCGCGGCGCCCUGGGAGCAGUGAGGGGUUCAGUGCCUUGCUCAAGGGCACCUCAGUCGUGGUAUUGCCGGACCGAGAAUCAAACCCACAACCUUAGGGUUAGGAGUCAAACUCUCUAAUCACUAGGCCACGACUUCCCCAAAUUAAGAAUUUGAUGCACUGGACUUCUUGUGUACAUACAUGGCUUUACAUAUAUGUGUGUGUGUGUGUGUGUGUGUGUGUGUGGGUAAUCUAUUGCAUAAAUUACACUCUUAACCUUUAAAACGAACCAUACCAUAAAACCUGUCCCUCACCUUAACUGCUGAACACAAACAGUGUUUUUAGUAUUAUUUAUUAUUAUAAUACUUAUUAUGACAAAAAUAAAUGAUGCACUAUUACAUGCAAGUAACCCUAAGACAAAACCUAAUUCUUAGUGCAGGUAGUUAAUUAAUAUUACUCAGUACCUAAAGGUACAAAUACACUGUAACAAGGACACCUUAAAAUGAAGUGUAAACCUUUUUCUGAUAUAUAUACAAUAUGAAAAUUGUUUUUAAUUAAUUUUGGUUAACAAGAACAACACUGACACAAACAAUUGAUUGAAGUACAUAGUAGGUAUAGACAACUAAUAUAAAUAUAGUGGGACCACUAUUUUUUAGGCAUAGAAAUUUAGCUUUUUUUUUUUUUACCAGAGUACAUGACCUUAUAAAGGUUAUCUAUUUGCCAUUUUAAAGAUUGUGUACAUAUACGUGCGGACACUGGUUGAAGUAUUAAUAUUCUGUGUACUGGACAUUUAGUCCUGCAGUGUACAGCAUUGCUAGCAUCAUCAUAGUAGGUUUGCUAGAUAAUUUUCUAAGCGGUUGCUCAUGAAAAGGUAUCUUAAUUUUUUAGCAGUGUGCAGUGUGGACUUAAUGGACAUGUCAUCACUUUAUAUGAUGGCUAACUGUACAGAUACUAAUGCAUCUUCUUAUUUUGAAGUGAAGCCUCUUCUGUUUUCUUAAUGUGUUUUGUGCCAAGAAUGGAAGCAUGUUUUGUGCCUCUAAAGCCUUUGUUUUCUUUCCCUCUCCCUUUGAUUGAUUGAUUGAUUGACUUUUACCUCAUUUCUAGCAGACACGAAUGAGGAGUUAUUUUGCUUGGAACUUAAAAUCGCAGAUCUUCUCAUAUCAACUCGAGAGAGCACUGAGCCAAUCUCUUCCCAUGAUACAAAUGCAUAUGCUUUGUAUUAACCUGUUGACCAGCUGUACAUAACAUGUAUGAUAAUCAUUGUUGUGUGAUUAUUUUCAGUAUGUUAUUUGAUAAAAUCGGCUACUUGGACA